AUGUCCCUUCUAUUCACUACUAUUCUCUUUUUCUUCUUCUUGAUAACUACAGUAUCCCCAACCGCCCAUCUUCGUCUCGACAUGACUGCAUCAAACGAGUGUGCAAUCCGUCUCAUUGCCAACAUCCUUCAUUCCGAAUCAUUCUGGCUCCAAGGCGGUGCUCAAAGGACGACAAGUUUUCAUCCAUUGGCUCAACACGAACAUUCCAUCACUGUCACCUAUUCGAUCGAUGGUGGAUCCCCACAAGAACGAGUUUACGAGAUGAGAAAGGCUGGAACGACGAGAAGAGAAGUGCUCACUUUUGGAGAGAUUGCAGUUCUAGUCGAGGCUACUGUAGAGUGUGAUGACGGAUUUCAUGGAUCCAGAUGUCACAAACCGAUUGGAUCGAGAGUCAAGACUACAGUAACCACAGUGACUACAGUAACCACUUCGACCACUGUAACAUCUGACACUCCUUCGACUCCAGAAGUCUCCACGUCUUCAGAAGCCUCCACGACUCCAGAAGUCAUCUCCCCCAACUCCAUCAUCAUAGCCCUCUCCCUCAUCACUAUUCUCCUCACCCUUCUGGCUAUCCUCCUCAUUCUCUGCUUCUUCAAUCGACGUCGUCAUCGGAAUAUCUACAUUCAGCCAACAGUCUUCACUCCCCAGACACCAACUGACAUUUCUCUGGAUUCUGGAAUUGAAUCAUCACCUGGAUACACUUCUAAACAAUUUAAUUGUUGA